AUGCCUCCGCGUUUUCGAACCUGUCCCUUGUGUAAACAGGGAUUUGGCACAGCGUCUCUCAACAUUCAUAUUCCACAAUGUUACGAAAAAGCGAUAAAACGGUGGAGGCUAAAUCCUAUUGGACCUAUGCCAGUUAUGCCGAGUUUAAACCCUGAACCUUACCAAGGUGGAAAACAUUUAAUGACAGAGUCUGCAUGUGGCAACGGUGUGAUUGGGGCAAGAUCACUACGUCAACAAUCCAAUAUCAAUGAUAUACCAGAUUAUUCAGGAGAUAAUGCAAAUUUACACCCUUGUUCUCAUUGUGGAAGAAAAUUUCUUUUUGAUCGCAUCGCAUAUCAUGAAAGUGUGUGUAAAGGCACCAUGAAACGAAAAGUCUUCGACAGUAGUAAACAACGUGCCGUUGAAAAUGAUGGAGGAAUUGAUUCAUUUAAAAUGUCGUACAGUAAAAAGAAAAAAAAUAUGAAACAUACUUCUGGUGGUUCACAAAUUUCCAGCGGUAUUCCUCGAACACACUGGCGUGAACAGCACCGUGAAUUUAUUGAGGCGAUGCGGGCUGCCCGUAGAGCACGUAAUUCUAGUCAGGCAAUGUGGGGAGAGCCUACCGUAAAGGCUCCGGCGGCUUAUCCAGUAAACCAACAGCGUCUACCACCCGCUGUGGCAAGACAUCAAAAGGGAAUGCGAAUGCGGGAACAACGUACAAGAGAACCAAUUGAAACAAGUAUUCCGAGAGCACAACCUGUGAUGAGACAAACUCCAGCAAGACGGACUUAUGGGAGUGCCUUUGGUGGUGGUGGAGAACGUUUCUCUGGUUAUGGAAGUGCCGGAGGAGGGAAACCCAAAAUUAUUAAUGAUAACACAACCAGUUUGGGUAUGCUGCAGGCCUUUGGUAGGGCCUAG